GGCCGCUUCCCCGCCCUCCCUCCUCUCAGCACCGCGCUCGGCCGCCAUGGCCUCGCCGCCGUUCCCGCCGCCGCUCUGGCGGGCCGCUGCGCUGCUGAUGGCGGCUGCGCUGCUGCUGACGGCCCCAGCGGGGCUGAGCGCCGCUCCGGAGGAAGAGUCCGGAAGGAAGAAGGAACCGCCGCCAGCACAGGCGGCGCAGGGAGCCGAACCGCGGGCUGAGAAGGGGUCGUCACCAGUUGCUCCGGUUCACAUUGUCAACGAAGAGUCAGCUGACAAGACUAAUUUGGGCUUUAUUCAUGCAUUUGUGGCUGCUAUUUCAGUCAUCAUCGUCUCAGAACUGGGGGAUAAGACUUUCUUCAUUGCAGCCAUCAUGGCAAUGCGGUACAACCGUUUGACUGUACUAGCUGGUGCUAUGCUUGCCUUGGGACUGAUGACGUGUUUAUCAGUUUUGUUUGGCUAUGCCACCACAGUUAUUCCUCGUGUGUACACAUACUAUGUGUCAACGGCACUGUUUGCCAUUUUUGGCAUCCGAAUGCUUCGGGAAGGCUUGAAAAUGAGUCCGGAUGAGGGUCAGGAAGAGCUGGAGGAAGUUCAAGCAGAAAUUAAAAAAAAAGACGAGGAACUUCAGAGAACUAAACUGUUAAAUGGGCCAGGAGAUGUGGAAUCAGGGCCGGGAACCACAAUACCUCAGAAGAAGUGGCUACAUUUUAUUUCUCCAAUCUUUGUGCAAGCUUUUACUUUGACGUUUUUAGCAGAAUGGGGUGAUCGUUCCCAAUUAACAACCAUAGUCUUGGCCGCCAGAGAGGACCCCUAUGGUGUGGCAGUAGGAGGAACAGUGGGACAUUGCCUGUGCACUGGUUUAGCAGUUAUUGGAGGGAGAAUGAUAGCACAAAAAAUUUCUGUUAGGACUGUGACAAUCAUAGGAGGCAUUGUCUUCUUAGCAUUUGCAUUUUCUGCACUAUUUAUAAGUCCAGACUCUGGUUUUUAAGAUUUUUCAUCACUGCAGAAGAACAAGGAUUGGAAGCACCAAGCAGCUGUCCUUGUGCAUUUUUGUAUAUAAUGUACAGAAUUAUAGUUAAACAAGCACUGAAGAUGAGACACUGAACUUUUUAUAGCGAGUGAUUCAUGGGACUGACACAUUUGUGGACAGCUUCUGCAGUGGAGAUCUGCUUAUUGUUUGGUUUGUUUACUCUGUGGUGCCUGCUCCUGUGGUGGGAUUUGCCUGGUUUUCUUGUUUGCCAGACCUGGCUCAGCUGAGUUUUGAGGAUCUGCUCUCACAAGUAUCCUCUUUUCUUCCUCUGUUACACAUGGCCACCUUUCUUCUUUCUUCAAGAGCUGAUUCUCAAGGCUUCUCAAAGCAGAUGGUGUCUUGUUCCAUGUUGCUCAACAGACGGCGUUAAGGAGAAAACUGCUGGCUCCCACCUCCGAGGACACCGGUUCCAGGUUGCGCCCGAGGCUGGAUAAUUGAAGCAACAAGAAACCUGGGAGCAGUUCCUAUAGCAUUGAGUGGCUGAGCCACUGACAGAGAGUUUUAUAUGCUUAAUUUAGAGGGAAAAGUUCUUAAUCAGGGAUUUUUAUCAGGAAACUGAUGUGUGGUGAUUAACAACCUACCAUGUUCAAUAUGCAAUCUGUCUGGAGCUAGUAUUCUUUGACUUUUUUUUUUUUAAAUUUGAAAUAUUAAAGUAUACGAAAAGUAAUAAAAUGGUCCAGCUUAACAAUAUUUCAUUCCCAGAACUGAACAAUAAUGGAAUUCUUAGAUUUAGAUGUGUUCCUGUUUUUCUUUAGGAAUAGAAAUGUAAUCUGGAGGAGUAUUAAUAAAACACGGUGUCUCCA